GUGUUUUUGUCUACUUGUCAUGUCUGACUGAUACUAGUUACAUUAGUUUUAAAUACUAUCAAAGCAAACAAUACAAAAUUCUUUGUAAUCAUGACCGACUUUCGCCCCAAAUUCGGCUCCAUUCGAAAGGAUAGGAUCGAGGAUCCCGAGGACCGCCGAUAUUUUGUUUAUCAGGUUUUUAUUCAAUUCAUCCUCUACUCUGUACUCGCCUUCGUCCAAUGGCUCUGCUUACUUGCAAUAACAAGGCAUAUAUGCGAAGGAGUGAUUUUAAGCAACGAGUCGGCCUUGAUAGUACUAUUCUUCAUGGGCCUGCUCUUCUUCUUGGUCUUCGCAGUCAGCCCACAGCUGCGGCACCGGGUCUGCGCUAACUGGAUGGUCACUAUCGUUGUAGUUGAGGCGCAGGUCCUAGCUAUCGGUCUGUUAGCUGUACGAAGCGACUACCUCUUAAUGCUAAUUGGCUUCGUCUUCGUUCUCGUAAUCAUGAUUGUGGUCCUGAUAGUGGUAAUAUUUCUGCCGUUUGACCUCACGAAUUAUGGAACCCUAUUGUUUAUGUAUAGUCUCUGUGUGUUUGUAUUCUGCGUAUAUUGCAUCAUGUUUACCGUUGUCCUCUGGGUCCGCUGGCCGUUUUUCUUGUUCAUCUUUGGCCAAGUCUGCUUGGUGGUACCCAUUAUGGCGUAUCAUGAGCAAACAAUACUGGGCAAAGGCGAGGUGAGGUCCAGCCUCCAUGAUGACAAGUUCUGUGCGCUGCUAUUGUUCCACGAUUUUCUAGCUCUGUUUUUGCCAACCUUUUUCUGGUACCGCUGGUAGCCCGCCCGCUGCUAGAAUCAAUAAAAACCAUGAUUUACAUAUGCUCUCGUUCUCUGAGCAAACAAAGACGCAUCUCUAUUCAAGCUCUUUCACUCUCAGACAAUCGGUCAUGCGGUUGUUGGACAAUGGCGGCAGCGUGCCCAUCAUACAGCCAGUAGGUCCUAGUUGGUGCAGCAAUAUAUGAUCUCGACAUCGGAUCACGCCAUCGCCGUCGCAAUCCCUGGCAUAAGAACUUAUGAAGCUUCGCACCGUUUCCGUGGCACAGUCCGGAUUUGAUACACAAGUCUCAUAAUCUGGAAUGGUGUUCAGUUGGGUUAGUCGAAAGUCAAGCAAAGCAAGCAUUGCAGCUGUUCCUUCAAUGAAUUCGCUUUACCCUCUGGACCACUGUGCGUCGCCUCCCGAGUCGCAUCCUGCCAAUACGGUCUUGAGAUCCGGUAGAUGCUGCAUGGAGUCGAGUGGCACAUCGCCGGCCUCUUUGCUGUGGCCGUCGCCGCGAUGCACUCCAGACAGUCGACGCUAAGCAGCGUCGUGCCUAACGCAGCUAAAAUCCGCAAGCAAAUAAAUAUGAAUGAGAUGCUAUACAAUUAUCCAUAGUGGUUCAAUCUUUCGGCGUCAAAUUUUAGUGAACUAGCUUCGGAAGCACCUGCAUAGUUUUCUAUGCAAAGUGCCGACCAAGUUAAGUUUAUAUGUGUUUUUACCAUUCAAGUUCAUUAAUAUAUAUAGUGUCAACAUCA